AUGACGAAGCUCGUCCUCAUCUCCCUGGCCGUGAUGUGCGGAGCUUUCACGUUCGGCAUCGAGUCGGGAACCAUUGCCGGCUUCCAGGUCAUGGAACCGUGGCUCAAGGAUUUCGGAUAUUAUGAUGAGACGCUUGGUGCAUGGAAUAUCCACACCAAUAUCCAGACUACGAUCGGGGCCAUGAUCUUAGUAGGAGCCGUCUUGGGUGCCCUUGCAUCGGGCCCUAUUGGCAGCAAGUUCGGUCGAAAACCCGGCUUGAUUGCCAUUGCUGUGAUGGCUAUUCUCGGCGUCAUCUUCCAGGUCGUUUACGCACAUCUCGCGCUCUUGCUCCUCGGAAGGAUCAUGCAGGGAGCCGCCAUUGGCCUCGCGUCCAAUUUCGUGCCGGUGUAUCAAUCCGAAGUAGCGCCGACACAAUACCGUGGUAUCAUGAUUUCGCUCUACCAGCUUGGUAUUAAUAUCGGUGGUCUCGUCGGCACGUGCAUCAAUCAAGGCACGCACGCAAUGCCAACGCGCCAAGCUUACCGUAUCCCCCUCUAUGCUUCGCUCUCCUUCCCCGUCAUCCUCUUAGUCGUCACCUUCUUCUUGCCGGAAUCUCCUCGUUGGCUCCUGUCUAUAGAUAGAACGGAAGAUGCCUGCAAUUCCCUCCGGCGACUUAGAGGCAAGGAAUAUCCCGAGACCCUGAUCCAACAGGACAUCAACGACAUCAAGAGCCACAUCACUCUGGAGCGACAGCUGGAGGCCUCUGCCUCAUACCUCAACCUUUUUCAGGGUACUGAUCUUCGCCGAACGUCAAUCGUCUUACUGGUUUUGUUGUUCCAGAUCUUAUCUGGUAUCACUUUCAUCAGCGUGUACGGAACGUUCUUCUUCCAGGUAUCCGGAAUUAACGAUGUAUUCGUGAUCACGGUGGUCAGCGCGGCCUGCCAGCUUGCCGGUCUUGUUGUUUUGUACCCGACCCUGCGCUUUGUGGGCCGAUGGACUAUUCUUCUUUGGGGAGCCGCAGCGGAGGUAGUGUGCUUGUUUGGCUUUGCGAUUGUUGACGUUGCUGCACCAGGAAGUCAGGCAGCCGCGAAGUGCCUCGUCGCUUUCACUCUCCUAUUCGGCUUCUUCUUCACGUGGUCUUGGGGGCCUGUUGGAUGGAUUGUCGCCUCCGAGGUUGCGUCCAAUACUCUGAGGUCCAAGACGCAAUCUGUAGGUACCACGAUCAAUUGGAUCAUGAGUUUGGUAGUCACGAUUGUCAUGCCCUACUUAAUCAAUCCGACCGCUGCCAAUCUCGGUGGUAAAGUCGGUUUCAUCUUCGGGUCUUUAACCUUUGUCGGCUUCGUCUGGACAUAUUUUUACCUGCCAGAAACCGGCGGAAGAUCUCUGGAGGAGCUUGAUGAGCUCUUCUUAAACGUGAGUAAAAUUUUUGCCCCCCCCCCCCCCCAAUGUUGCGCCCGACCAAAUUUAACAUUGCUUGAAGAACGUCCCAGCACGACAAUUCAAGACCUACCGACUCAGCGGUCACAUCGAGCAUAUUGCUCAUGGUCGUAA